CCGCUCGGCCCAGUCUGCGAUCGCCGGCCGCCCCUUCCAGACGAAUCUCUGCCCGCUCCAGCCGCCGCUCGCAUAGUGUGUGCUCGCAACUUUCUGUGCCAAAUAAUGGAUUAGUUUCGUCGCCGUUGUCCCCGUGCGAUCUCUUGUGUCCUCGCUGACAGAGUGCGGUUCCUCGCGCGCCUACAUGAUGCUGCCGCCGUCGCAGCAGCGGGCUCUGCUUCUGCUCCUGUCCGCCCUGCUUGUCUCGCACGUGUCCUGUCUUGGUGAGAAGCCAUUAGAGAAGAAACCAGUGAAGCCGUUGGUGGCUCCGCUGCCGGCGCCGCCGCCCGUCAUUGAGAUCGUGCACACGGACGUGCCCGGGCAAGAGGAGCAGCUGGAGACAGUGUCGCCGCCGCCCGUCUUCUUCGCCACCGAGAACUCGAGCGUCGUCACCGCACAAACCGGCAGCACCGCCCUCGUGCCGUGCAUUGUCAAAAACAUCGGUGAUGGAGUGAUCUCUUGGAUAAGGAGGAAGGAUUAUCACUUGUUAACAGUCGGCCUCACGACCUACAGCAGCGACGAGCGCUACCAGGCAGUUCAUGCACAACACUCAGAGGAUUGGACGUUACAAGUGAAAUUCGUGCAAGAGCGCGACGCCGGGCUGUAUGAGUGCCAAGUGUCGUCGCACCCGCCAACAAGUAUUUUCAUAGACCUCAGAGUCGUCGAGGCCAAAGCCGAGAUUGUGGGACCGGCAGAGAAGUUUCUGAAGAUGGGCAGCACGCUGAAGCUAUCGUGCGUGCUGCGACAGAGCACGGAGCCAUUUCUCUAUGUGUUCUGGUACCACAACAACCGUAUGAUCAACUACGACGCGGACCGCGGCGUCAACGUCAGUGCCGACGAGAGCCGCACUAGCUCGACGCUUGUCAUCAGCUCUGCGCAGCGCACUGACUCAGGCAACUACAGCUGCGUGCCCAACAACGCCCAGCCGGCGUCCACAUACGUACACGUGCUCAAUGCGGGCGAGAACCCGGCGGCGAUGCAGACCGGCGGCCGCGGGCUGUCGUGGCUUCGGUCACCGUCGCUGUGGCUGCUGGCGGGCUGCGUGGCGCUGACGCUGUCGGCCGGGCGCGGCGGCGCCGUUGACGAGGCGAGCCGGUCUCGUCGGCGCCGACGGGUGAACAGCCUCUGAAGUGUCGCCUAAUCUGGAUAGAUCGCAAUGACGGACGACUUUUGUGAUAAUUGUGAUGUGACGACGAGUGCAAGGACAGUUUUUCAACGCACGCAGGCACCAGCAGCUGUCGCUCGCGUAUACGGCCCAGCGGAUAGAGAGAAAAAGAGAGAAAGAGAGAGAGUUAUCGCACACCGGCCUCUUAUUAAACCAUUUAUCAGCCGGCCGGCGUGCGCAAUCAUAUUUUUAUCAAGAGCCUUUCCCCGAGCAGCAGCUUGGCCAACCGACUCUUUUUUGCCUCUUCCCGCCGAGGGAUGAGCGACCCAACGGUCUUCCGGCGGAGGCAGUCGCGUCGUAGCCCCAAGACUCCAGAAUUGACAUUUUGUUUUACUUUAAAAUCGAGGGGCUAGAAGAGACGACGGCUUAUUGACUUUGCCGCUCUUGCACGAGAGAGUAUCAUCGCUCCUUCGCUUUCUCCACAUUUUGUCAAGCAAGAAGUGGAGCGAGUCCCGCGGCCCACGGCGAAGUAGAGCAGAAUACAAACACACACACAGUGGAUGCAGCUAACUUUUAUUAAAAUGACGGCGAAUCUGUGUGCGAGUGCUGUUUAUCGACUCGGCCCUAGAUAGAGUUCUCCCUCUGAUAUUCAAAGAAAACGGGACACUUCCAGCCAGUGAAUUGUCUGUAAAUAAAAAUACCCCCGCCGCCGGAAACUUUGCAUUUUCGUCUCUCUCUAUCUCUGUCGUCUAUCUCUCUCUCUCUCUCACUCAACUUUUGUGUUUACACACUCAGUGUUAUAGAGCAGUGCAGAGUUGAGACACUCUCCUUACUGUAAAUACCUCUGUUCUCUCCAGCGCCAAAAUGUAUAGAAGAUAUCCGACGCAGUGAGUGUUUCCACUUCUGGCUAAGUGAGUGUGCAAGAAAGAAGACGCGGCCUCGUUUUCCCUAUUAAUUUAUCCCCCUCCCCCCCCCCGAAAUGUGCUCAAUACGUAAACGGACUCCAGAAUCAGACUCCACGCAACGCAGACGAGACGUGCAGGUUGCCCACCUUUCCGUUCCGUUAGCUAUAUAGAAAAAAAGAACUUGUUGGAAUAACCCUGCGAAAUUUCGGAUGCGAGUGUCGCGCGAGACGAAACACGCAUUGUGCUGAUAACGAAGUAAUUCAUGAAUCCAUUAGAACAACACACAUCUCGACUUGAUUGUGUGCGUAAAUAAUGAGCGACAAGUCUGUUUCUCGCUCUUUGUGCAGGCAAACUGCUUCUCGCGAUAAAGUGCAGACACUUACUCACUCGUCGCUGGCAAACAAACAGACAAAACAGUUUCCAACGCACGCAACAAGCGGCGGCCCUCUUUUCGCGCGGCACAAACACUCACAUUCAACACACACGCAAUUGUACUAUUAUAUGUAAUAUCGUUGUCAACGACAAUUAUUAUUAACAUGAUUAAUGCCAUUAAAACAUGGAAGGCGACAAAAAAAUAAAAAAAAAACAUUGAUCGUUAUUGUAUUUUAUUACA